AUGCCGCCGCCACCCAUCAUCCUAGUGACAGACCACUCCACAACACCCCCAACAGCCACACGCUACACAUUCGGCCGCAACGACAUCGACUUCUCCAUCGCCUACAGACGAAUCAAAUCCCUCCUCACCCACCCACCAUGUCCGCACCGUCCCCAAUACCUCUGGCCCUGCGAUCCCUGCGAAUCCGCCUUCACCGCAAAAUACUGGACCUGCGCCGCCACCCUCCUCGACUACUUCGCCGACUUCCACCCCAUCGACACGCCCCUCAUGCAAUCAAUCUGGUUUUACCUACUCGACAUUUGGCAAGAAACCGCGCACAUCCUGCCCUACGAAACCGUCCUCGAUGAAACCAUCGAACACAGCGCCGCACUCAUCGGCGUGGCGCGCGCCCGAGACUUUGAGAAAGCAGUCCGCGACACCAUCACUUUGUUCGAAGUCACGAUCUGGGGCCGGAGGACAGAGGCGGAUUCAUGGGACCAGGUCAUCUAUGAUCCAAGAGGUGAGGCUAUGUGUCCCGUGGGGGAGUACGACACCGGUCCUUGGGUUAGUGGAGUAAAGCCUUGGAAUCAGUUUCUGGGGGACGGAGGAAUGGGUGUUGCGGCGCCGUGGUCUGCUGCUGCUUCGACUCCAACUUCACAAGAUAAUGCAAACGGAGAUGGAGAUGGAGAUGGAGGUAGGAAUGGGGAACAUGAGAAAACAACAACACGCUACAUCCCCCACCCCGCCAUCGCCCUAAUAGAAGGCCACACCGCGCGCUCCCGCCUCCUCGCCAAUUCCUUCUACGCAAAACAAAAGCUCACACCCCCUCAAUACAACGCCGCCCUCGCAGACUACGAAGCACACACCGUCGUCCUGCCUUCCAAGCGCGGCGAGCCCCACACAUAUACCUCGCGCUUCACGGGCCGCGAAACUACAUACACGCUAUCCAAUGGCGCGCCGCCGAUCAUGCGCUACGAGGGGCUCGGCGACCCCCAGUUGGAACUCGCGGUUCCGGACGGUGACUGGAAUCUGAUGGAUGAGUGUGUGGCUAGUUGUAGGGGGGUUACGGCGUAUGUGGGUGUUAGUGGCGGGGAUGAGGACGAUGAGGAUGAGGAUAUGGUGGAUAGUGAGGAUGAGUUGGUGCCGUUUGAUCUGUGGACUGUGGUUGAAAAGAGGGGAGGGGGAGGGGGGCGUGGGGACGUGUUGGAUUUGGGAGGCACUGGAGGCAUGUUUGAGACUUGGUAUGCGGAGGAAUGA